AUGUCGUCACUUCCGGCCGCUGCCUUUUACCCUGGGAAGCCCCGUGGCUCUCUCUUUUCGCUCAUCAUGGCGGACCGCUUCAAUAAGGUUCUGCUGCUGGAUGGCAGGGGACACCUCCUCGGCAGGCUGGCUGCCAUCGUGGCCAAGCAGGUUCUUCUGGGGCACAAAGUGGUGGUGGUGAGAUGUGAGGGCAUCAACAUUUCUGGAAACUUCUACCGCAACAAGCUCAAGUACCUGGCGUUCCUGCGGAAGAGGAUGAACACCAACCCGUCCCGCGGCCCGUACCACUUCCGAGCCCCCAGCAGGAUCUUCUGGAGGACGGUCAGAGGCAUGCUGCCCCACAAAACCAAGCGAGGCCAGGCGGCUCUGGAGAGGCUGAAGGUGUUUGACGGGAUCCCCCCGCCGUACGACAAGAGGAAGCGAAUGGUCGUCCCUGCCGCGCUCAAGAUCGUGCGUCUGAAGCCGUCUCGUAAGUUCGCUCUGCUGGGCCGUCUGGCUCACGAGGUGGGCUGGAAGUACCAGGCCAUCACGGCCACCCUGGAGGAGAAGAGGAAGGAGAAGUCCAAGCUCCGCUACAACAAGAAAAAGACUCUGGUCAAGCUGACCAAGCAGGCGGAGAAGAACGUGGAGGGCAAGAUCUCCAAAUACACAGACGUCCUGAAACAAUAUGGGGUCAUCGUCUGAACUGCUCUUCUGAUAAUAAACGAGUAAAUGUUUAUACAAAGUUU